AUGGAGGCGACGAAGGCGGGGGAGAGGGUGCUGAGCGCGGAAGAAGUGGAGCGCGUUCGAAUGAUGCUGACGAUCGUGGGCGACCGCGAGCGACGGGAACUGGAGGCCAAGUAUCCCGAGCUGAAGCAGCAACCGCUGUCGCGCGACGCGAGCAACAAGGAGGAGGGCGACGACGACGACGACUCGCCGCCGAGGCUCAUCGUCCCAGUCGGAAAGGAUCUGCUGGAGGCGACGCUGGGCGACAAUCCCUUCAUGCUCGACUUCGGGAUUCGCAGCUGCGCCUUCUCCUACAGCCACUUCGUCGGCAUGCGACGAAUCAAAGCCUUCUCCGAACCCGACGCCUCCGCGCGCUCGUACAUCGCGUCCACGUCAGCAAAGAUUCGCGGCAACGCGGUGGCGAUUAAAGACAAGCUCGAGGAGAAUUGGCCGAAGCUGCAGGCGUCGCUCGCAGCCGCCAUCGGCGAGUCACUGACUGCCACGUGGCAGUGGGUGAAGGAGCACAAACCGACGGGUUUGCCCAUUCCGGGCGCGCCGAAACCGGAAGGGGGAGCUGCGGAGAAGGGGGAGGGGGAGGGGGAGGGGAACGCGGGGAAGGAGAACGGAGUAACCGGGGGGGCGGAGGGUGAAGGACGGGAAGCAGCAGCGGAGGGGAAGGUCGGGAAGGCAGAAAGCGGGGACGCAGCGAGAGAGGGGGCGGAAGCGAGAAGCACAGAAGGCGCAGAGGAGGUUACGAUCGUUACAGAUGAAGGGGAAGGGGAGACGAAAGCGGAAGAAGUGAAACAAGGAGAAGGAGCGAGCGAAGAUAGUCGCGUAGAGGAGAGAAAGGAGGAAGUGUUGGACGAGAGGGAGAGGGCGAGGCGGGCCAAAGAGGAGGAGCGGCAGGUGAAGGAGGAGGCGCAGCGGAAGGAGGAGGAGGCGCGGCGGGAGCUGGAGGCGCUGGUGGCGCGCAUGGAGAAGUGGGAGAUCCUCUUCCGCAACCCCUCCCUCGCUAGCGCCCCCGCGCAGUCCCUCCAGUUCGCCUGCAACGCCGCAGGGGGCUGUAAAGGGGGUUUUAUUGAGAGGAGAAGAGGAGAGGUGUGGCUGUGUCUUGAGAGCUGCCCACGCAAUGCAGCCACGCACGAAAAUGUGCUCUGUUUCCCCGGCCCCUACCAGGUCCCCCACCCCCAACCAUGCGCCCCACCCCCAACCAUUCCCCCACCCCCAACCAUGCCCUCCAUCCCCUUUCUUCCCCCCCGUCCCGCCGUCCCCCCUCGCCUUCAGCGCAGCCUGGCUCUGGUCCACCAGAAGCUCGCCACGUGGCAGCAGGUGGUGGUCUCGCCCGCCGUGCUGCUGGACGCCUCGCUGGCCGUGAUUGUAGCGAACGGAGGAACAGUGCCCGAGAACAAGGGCUACCAGCCGUCCUUCCCGUUAGAAGCACAGAAGAGCGACCGGGGAGCGGGGAAAGGGGACGAGAGUGCGGGGAAGGAGGGGCAGGAAGGCGAGGGGCAGGGGAGUGCGAUACGGUGGGGAUCGGCGGUGAUCAGAGGGCACUACCUGCCCAAGAGAAUAGGGGAGUCGCUGCUGCUGUCACCACAGAACUUCAUGGCGGUGAGUGAAGCAUUGCGCUAUGCCUGGUCAAACGGGGGCCCAUACCACGUGGCAGUGUCUCCCGAUCCCCGUAAUCCAUCUCCUCUGUGCCUACCCUUGCUCCCUCCAUACCUCAUGCCCAAUCCAACCCCAUUCCUCCCCUCUCCACCUUUCUUCCCGGCAUGUCAGCUGGCGGUGACUCUGCCUGCUCGCCUGCGCACGUCCCCCUGGAGAUUGCUGUAUUCCACGGCCAGGGAUGGCAUCAGCAUGGCAACACUGUUUCGGAAGAUCAAGGGCAAGGGCGCAUGUCUGCUGGUCGUGCGUGACUCGAAUAAAUACGUGUUUGGGUGUUUCACCAACGAGGAGUGGCGCCCCAUGGACCGCUACUACGGCAAUGGGGAGUGCUUCGUCUUCCAGGUGCAGCCGGAGUGUGUGGCGUACAGGUGGGCGCGCACCAACAGCUACUUCAUGCUCUCCAGCAAUGCCAUGCUCGCCGUGGGGGGCGGCAUUCUCCUCUUAGAUGUAGCCUUCUCUGUCCUCAUACGCUGCACCAUCUUCCAUGCUUCACACCUCCUCAAACUGCUUAUACAUGGCGUUGCCAUGUCCCCCUUCCCCAUGUCCCCCUUCCCCAUGUCCCCCUUCCCCAUGUCCCCCUUCCCCAUGUCCCCCUUCCCCAUGUCCCCCUUCCCCAUGUCCCCCUUCCCCAUGUCCCCCUUCCCCAUGUCCCCCUUCCCCAUGGCUCCCCUCUCUCCCUGCUCUCUGUUUGCCUCCCCGUGCUGCCUUACCAGCUCGGAGGAGUUUGAGGUGGCACAGGUGGAGGUGUGGGGCUUUAAGUGA